AUGGCAGUUUCCACCGCGUCCGAUGACUCUUUCAAGAAGGCAGAGAAGUGGCUGGGGAAUUGCCUCCGUUCGCACGAGAAGUGUGGACCAGGAGACGAUGUUGCGCUUCCAAAAAGGCUAAUUUCAGUUGAGGGCGACAAGAUCCGCCUCGUGGAAACUUCUCCAGAGGAGAAAAGUCGCUACGUUUGCCUUAGCUACCGUUGGGGAGAUGACAUGAACUUCACGACGACUACGUACACGCGAGCAUUGCGCAUGGAAGGAAUACAAUGGGAUGAGCUGCCAGCAACGCUCCGUGACGCCAUCUUCAUUACCCGUAAGCUAGGCAUCCCAUAUAUUUGGAUCGAUGCCCUUUGCAUCCUUCAAGAUGACACGAAUGACUGGGAUGAACAGUCGGCACAGAUGGUAUUCAUCUAUCAGAAUGCGUACCUGACCAUUUGCGCGGAAAGCUCCAAUGGUGCCCACGCAGGUAUCUUCUCAGAAGCUGCGUGGCCGGACUGUUUCCUGGGACACUUCGAGGGGCUGCGGUUUUUCGUACGUGUGGACCCUCACCAAUGGAUGGGGAACUCUCGCGCACCUGAAGCCUUCAACCCCCUCGAGACCCGUGCCUGGACCUACCAGGAGUUUCUCCUUUCACGGCGUUGUCUUCACUUUGGCGCCCAAGAGAUACACUGGUCCUGUCGUGAAAGCAAUCAUCUAACAGAGCCAUUAUGCGAGUGUGAAACCCCAGAACGCGGGAGAGACACGGGAUACUCUAAGGUGGCGGGAACGCACAUAUCCUUCUAUGAUGAUGGCCAGAAUAUUGCCAAUGAGUGGUACCGAGUGCUACAGAACUAUACCAGACGAAAGCUGACAUACGACACGGACAAGUUGCCAGCGCUAUCAGGUAUCGCCAAGUAUUGUUUGGCUCGCCGAGACAGUGACGACCAGUAUCUUGCAGGGCUUUGGCGGAAGAGUCUGGUUGAGGACCUCUGCUGGUUCCACCACACUGAAGUCCAGUAUGGCUUCCCCGGGACGGCGGCAUAUGCUAGACGGCCAGAAUCCUACUGCGCCCCAACAUGGUCCUGGGCUUCUGUCGUCUCAACAACCAGCUGCAAGACAUGGUCUGAUGAGAAAAACACCAUACCAUUCGAUGAGUUGGUUAACACAUUCUGCAACAUACACGACGCUAGCUGUGUAUUGAAAGGACUAGAUCCCACGGGACGGGUGUCUGGAGGGGUGAUAGAUAUAUCAGGUCCCAUCCUGGAAGGCACUCUUGAGCCUGGCCGAUACAAAACAAGCGACCGGUACGGAAUCUGGCUACAUGACGGAUUCUAUGAAGGUAGUUUCGCCCCGGACUGCCUUAAUGAUACGAGCAUACCAUACGGGACCGUCCUGUCGUGCUUAGUACUCAUGGAGACCGUAAGUACGCAUAGCUCAUCCCUGGGCCUCCUGGCGCUUAGACGAUGCCCAGAGUGGACCGAAGCGAGGCCGGUUUACUCACGACUAGGCUUCACAAUAAUCAUCAAGCCGAAUCCCCACAACGACGAUGUACAUCCAGACUUACCGGACACAAAUGAUCCCAAGGUUCUCAAAGAGAUGGAGGAUUACACUUUCCAAUGGGACAAGGCGAACAACACUCGGAUUCUGCUGGUCUAA